AUGCACAUCAAAAAGAUCAUAAUCCAGGGUUUUAAAACCUUCAAAGCCACGACCGUGGUGGAUGACUUGUCGCCAGAGUUCAACGUUGUUGUGGGGAGAAAUGGGUCAGGAAAAUCAAAUUUCUUUGCUGCCAUCAGAUUUGUCCUUUCUGAUGCCUAUACACAUAUGACCCGUGAAGAGCGUCAGGGGCUCAUCCACGAAGGCUCAGGCACGGUAAUGUCAGCAUUUGUGGAGAUCAUCUUUGAUAAUAGCGACAAAAGGUUUCCUUUGCCUAAUGAGGAGUUUGCUAUUCGUAGAACCAUUGGAUUGAAAAAAGACGACUACUCUCUUGACGGGAAGCUUGUGACGCGGUCAGACGUGAUGAAUUUGCUAGAGAGUGCCGGAUUUUCUCGUCUGAAUCCUUACUAUAUUGUUCCUCAGGGGAAGAUCACAUCAAUAACGAACUCUAAGGACGGUGAGAGAUUGACCUUAUUAAAAGACGUCAGUGGUGCGAAAGUGUUUGAGGCUAAGCUCAGAGAGUCUUCACGAGAAAUGGCCAACUCAGAUAUCAAGAUGCAGCGGAUCAAUGAGGCGAUGCAGAGGCUCGAUGGCAAGAUUAGCGACUUGGCUAUGGAGCUGAAGGACUUGAAAGAAUACCAUUCGCUUGAAAGUAAACGAAAGGUGCUCGAGUUCCAUUUGUUCGAUCGUGAAUUAAACAAUCUCAAUAACCAGAACGAGGAUCUCGACGAGUCAUACAAAGAGCUCAUGGGUCAGACAAAAAAAGAUCUCGAGAACAUUGAGCUGCGCGAGAAGGUAUGUGAGGACCUCAUAAAGAAAGUGAAAAGCACUCGUCAUGCUAUUACCUUAGCUGCCAUCGAGAAGCAGCAGGCUGACUCUGACUACUAUCGUGCUCUUCAGGACAUUGCUAUGAAGGAACAGAAUGAAAAAGAAUUGAGAACAAGCUUAGAUGAUGUACGUCAAGAGGCACGUCAGUACGCAGAGAAGAGAGAAAGACUCACGGCAAUGAUUCGAUCUCACGAGAAAAAGAUCACCGAUGAACUAAAACCUCAGUUAUCUGAGCUAGUUGCACGGGAAAACCAAGUAAAAGAAAGCAUCAAUGAGUACGGUGCCAAGCAAUCAGCACUCUACGCCAAACAAAACAGGUUCAAAGACUUUGCAAAUAAAGAAGACAGGGACUUGUGGCUUCAGGAGAAAUUGACUGACCUAAAAGAACAGCUUGCAGCCAAACAAGAAGAGCAUGAAAACUCAAUUGAACAAUGCAAGGAAUUUGAAAAAGAGUUACAAGAUGUCAAGAAUACUAUUGAGAAAUGUAGGCAGUCCACAGAAAAAUUCUUAUCCACUGCCGAUACCAAGGAGAUCGAGGAAGAGGUAAGCAAACUAAAGAGCCACAUAACUGAACUCACAGAACAAAGAAAGUCGCUUUGGAGAGAAGAGAUUAAGCUUCGAUCACUUCAUGAUGCGACAGAAAUGGAGCUUUCUGAUGCCAAUCAUAAAGUCAGCCUGACUAUGGCACGCUCACACGCCGAAGGCUUGAAGGAAGUGGAAAAUAUCGUUGAGCGUCUAAACUUGCAGGAUUCUGUUUAUGGCCCUUUGUCAGACUUGUUCGUGGUGUCAGAUAAGUAUAAAACAGCAGUCGAGGUUAUUGCAGGCACUUCAUUGUUCCAUGUGGUUGUUGAUAACGAUGAAACUGCGCUGAUUAUCAUGAAGGAGUUGCAGAGGUUGAAGAAAGGAAGAGUGACUUUCAUGCCUUUGAAUCGUCUUUACACCCCACCUGUUUCUUUUCCAAACCAAGAGGAGAAUGAAUUCAUUCCACUCAUCAAGAAAAUAAGACAUGAUGAAGACUUGGUCGGCAAUGCUAUAAAGCAUGUAUUUGGCCGGGCUAUAGUAUGCAAAGAUCUUCACCGUGGUGCUGAGCUUGCGCGUAUGCACAAGUUAACUGCUAUAACAUUAGAUGGAGAUCGUGCAAAUAACCAGGGUGUGAUGACUGGCGGUUUUAGAAACUCGAAGAAUUCGAGACUUGAUGCCCUCAAAAUUCAGUCAAAGAAGCGGAACGAGCUCAAAAGAGUCCUGGAACAAAUUAAACGCUGCAAUACAGAUCUUCAAAACGUGGAUCAAGAAAUCUCACUGUCAAAUGCACAACUUGAUCAACAGAUCAACAAGUUGAACGCGAUGAAAUUAGACCACGAGAGAAAGAAAACGGAAUUAAAUCAGCUUCUAAAUCGGAAGUUCGUUGCUGAAAAGAAGUGCUUGGCAGCUCACAGAGAAACUUCGAAUGUAAAGAACUCGAUGAAUACUAUCAAGAAGUGGAUGGCGCAAUAUGAGGAAGAAAUUACAUCAGAAUUCUCUGCGCUGUUGAGCAAAUCCGAACUCGAGAAGCUAAGGGAUAUUAAUGCACAGCUAAGUAAGCUUGAAGGGGAACUUAACGGCGUUGUUGCAGACAUUGCAAUCAAGGAUGCCGAAAUUACAAACCUCGAGUUGGAAACCGCAAACUGGAACUCGCUCGUGUCAGUUGAGUUUAACGAGUUCAGCGAGAACGAUAAGAAUAUCGAACUUAGAGCCUUACAGAAAGACCUCGGGAAGCUAAGAACACAGGUUUCGGCAAGUAAGCGAAAUUGCGAUCAAGCCAAUGAGGAACUAGUUAAGCUUAACUCAAAAUUGGAGAAGCUUGAAAAAGACCUUGACGAAGCCAACCGCGAACAGGCUGAAACGGUCAAACGCCUUGAAAGACUCACCAAGAAGACGGAAAAGAUACAAUCUCAAAGGUCUAUACUUGAAAGCAGGAGAAAGGAGCUUCAUUUGAAGGUUGGAGCCUUUGGAGUUUUGCCACAAGAAGCUUUUGCAAAGGAGAGUUUUGAAGAGCGUUCUCUGGAUGACCUUCUUCGUGAGCUCAACUCAGUGAAUGGAGAGCUAAAGAAGUAUGCUCAUAUAAAUAAGAAAGCUAUGGAGCAGUACAACACUUUCAAAAGAGAGCAGGAAGAUCUUGUUGCAAGAAAAGAGGAUUUGGAAAAAUCCAAGGAGUCAAUUGAAAAGCUUAUGGAGUCAUUGAGCCAGCAGAAGCACCAUGCCAUCUUAAAGUGUUUUGAGCUGGUUUCAAGAAGCUUUCAUGAGAUUUUCGAGAAGCUUGUACCAAACGGAGCUGGUUUUCUCGAGAUGGUCAAGAAAGAGGGUGUCACUGACCAACUGUCUCCAGAUCUCUACAGCGGGGUCUCUUUGACUGUAUCCUUUAGCUCUAAGAGCGACGAGCAGCAGCACAUUGAGCAAUUGUCUGGGGGACAGAAAUCACUUUGCGCCAUUGCGCUAAUUCUCGCCAUUCAGAAAUGCGAUCCCGCUCCAUUCUACUUGUUUGACGAGAUCGACGCCAACCUUGACACGCAAUACCGUACUGCUGUUGCCAACAUGAUCAAAACGUUGGCGCAAGACGCACAGUUUAUUUGCACCACCUUUAGACCCGAGAUGCUACAAGUUGCAGGAAACUUUUACGGCGUUUCAUUCUCUGACAAAGUCAGCAGCAUUACGGCCAUUGAGCAAGCAGAUGCCCUUCUGUUCGUUGAGGGCCAACGAUAA